AUGGCCGCUCUCAUCACGGGUGAGAGUCAUGUCAAUGACCUGUCGGGCGACUUUGCCGGAUUAUUGAGUGCUUGCAGUUCACAUUGGCAUUUCCCUCCAGAACAGCUAUUUCCAGAAGCUGAGAAGGAAGAACCCAAGCAGGGCAGAGAGACUACUUUGGUUGAAAAAGCUCUCGAAAAGCAUGCUGGUUGUCAAAAUGUCUACAUUGACUGCUCCACUUCCCUGCAUCGCCUCAUCAACGCAGCGCAUGUUUGUCCUUGCCUUUGCCCCAGCCACCCGGUCUAUUGUACUGGCCUUCAAAGGUAUUUGUCAGAGGUUGACUUCCUGAACCUGCAGGGCUUCUUUCCAAGCACCAUGCCGGAAGAUUGCUACCAAGACCUAGUUCAAAACAAAACCCUUCUGCAAAGCCUCAUGGGAAACUCGUUCAGCAGCACAGUUUGCCAGGUGGUUUUGAUUGCCGGCAUUGCUGCCGCUCCAAGUGCUUUGCACACGAUUUCUUCCACGGGGUCAGCGCCGAGUCCCAUAGAAGACAAGGACCACAGCCACACUGGCCAGGUUGUGCUCAAGCGCAUUUCCAAAAAGAGAAAGGCUCCAGAGUAUGGCAAACCUUUGGUGACCUUCAAGAAAGCCAGGGCCAACAGAAAGAGAAAGCCUUACCAGCGAAAGAAGCCUGGGAAAGACAUGCGCAAGUUCAGCAAAGGCAAGAAAGAGUGCAGCACUCUGUGGGACAAGGAACAGCUGAUGAAAGCCUACGACAAGGCAGUGGCAGAUAGAUCGGUUAGGAAUCCUGCCCAGGCUGUCAGCGAAAUGAAGGGGUUUUACAGGUGCUGCAUCUACAAAUGGAAGAAACAAAGAGUGAGGGACCAAUGGACGCUACUUUGCUCCACUUGUCCACGCUUGAUGAAGAAAGCGAAAGAGGUGCCCAAUGUGAUGAGAGACAUCCUGAAAAUGGACAAGAAGUUCACAUUCCGCAAGGGCAAGGGCAGUGAAGAGACUGGGACUUGCAUAUUGCCAGCAGUCUUUGAACGGGUGGUGGCCGAUUGUGUUGCAGAGCGCAUAUCCUUUGGAGAGGAGGUGACAUACCACUUUGUCAAGUCGGUCUUGGCGGUUGCAAUUGAGCAGUGGAACACAGUCAUCCAUGAGCUCCAUGAACGUGACCCGUCAAGUUUGCUGAGCCAAAUGGACAAGUCAUUCUCAUCUUCUCAAGACAUCGAUGAGUACUUGCAGGA